UUUUUUAUUUUUUUAUUUAUUAUUUAUUUCAAAAUAAUAAUGAAUUUCACAAAAUCAAAUAAACAAAGACAAAUAAGGAAAAAAGUUAUUGAAGAAGAAAAUAUAAACAAUACAGAUAAUAAUAAUAAUAAUAACAAUAAUAAUAUCGAUAAUAAUAAUAAUAAUGAAAUAAAUAUAGAUUCAAAUUUUAUCCAACCAACGAAAUCAAUAAUAAGUGGUAGUUUAAAUAAAAAAAAAAAUAAUACUUUUUCAACAAAAAAAUCGACACCAUCAAAUAAAUCAUUAAAUUUAUUUAGUUUUGAAGAAGGUGAAAGCAAUGAUAAUGGCAAUGAAGGUGAUAUGGGAUCAAUCAAAGCUAACCCGAUAAUGUUAAAAAGAAAUGAUAUUCAAUUCGAAGACUCAAAAGCAGUAACUAUUAAAUCAGAAUCAUUAGGCCAAUAUACAAACGAAAUUCUAGAUAGUUUAAAAAAGACAACAACAUCAAAACCCGUAAAACUUGAAGACCAAAUACCUAAAAAGGAACAACACACUGAGGAGGAGGGUAAUGGAAUGGAAAUCGAUGAUAAAAAGUAUAGUGACGAAAAUAAAUCAUCCAAUUUUGUACCCCCAACAGCCGAACAAAUUAAACUGGCUAAAGAAAGAAGGCUAAGAGCAAGAGAUGGCCAUUUAGAGACCUCAUCCACCCAAUCGACAUCAAAAACACUUUCUAAAGAUUUUUUACCACUUAAAGUUAGCGAUAAUGAUGAUGAAAAUGAAUCAAACUCAAGGCUAAUUAGAGAAGAUGAUGAUGAUGAGUUAGAAGAAGAGUACAACAUCAAAUCAAAGGGUACUAUUAAAUUUGGGGAUCCUGGUAAACAAAGUAAAAAAGAUAUAAUCAAUGAUGAAGAUUUUCAAGAUAUUAAUAAAUCAACUAAAUCAAAGUCUACUGCCGAUCAAGAUGAAGAUGAGGUCGAGGAAGAAGAUGAAGAAAUUCAAAGAUGGCGUUUAGAACUAAUUAAAAAGGGUGGGGGUAUGAAAAGUAAUCAGCAGCAACAGCAUAGUGUAUCAGAUGACUAUCAUAGAAAGAAAAUUGAAAGAGAGAUAUUACUAGGUCCAGUUGAGGGUGAAAGCGGGUAUAAAUCAUCACCAAGUUUUACAAAUAUAGCCACUGGUGCAACAACAAAAUCAUCGUCGACAUCUUAUUUGGAAAUGGUUUUAAAGGAUUUAGGUUUAGCAUUAUCAAGCUUAAAUGAAGUUAAAUAUUCACACCAGAGUGAAUUUGAAAAAAUUCAAGAAGCACUAAGAGAUUCGGUUAUACAUCUCUCAACAUUGGAAUCGAGUCAACAUUUAUCACAGGACCAGGCAAUAUUUUAUGACGAAUUAAAGCAAUACUCUGAUAAUAUGACCGAUUGCUUAGGUGAAAAAAUACCACAAAUCGAAAAAUUAGAAGAUCGUUAUAUAGAACUGCUUAAAGAUCAUGCUCACGAUAUAAGAAAACAACAAAGAUUAGAAAUUCAAGAUCACAUUGAGCUAAUUCAAGAAAAUGAACCAGAAUCAAAUAUUAAAUCAAUUGUUAAAGAUGACGAGAAAAUGAAAACAGAACAAGAAGAAGAUUUAGAUGAAUUUGGAAGAGAUCGUUCUUAUUUUGAAAAAAGCUCAAGAAAUAAAAGAUUGGAGCAAUAUAGAUCAAGAAAUAAUGAUAAUCAAUCUGGUGAAGAGGAAAUGUUAUUAAACGAAUCUGAUGAAAAAUAUUAUUUAGAUGAAAGAAAUAAAGUUUUAGAGCUUAUCAAAGAGGUUAUAGUCGACGUUGACCCAGAUUACAGCGAUAUCGUUAAUAUUAAAGAGAAAUUUGAACAUUGGAAAUCAAAAGAUUUAAAGUCCUAUCAGAAAGCCCAAAUGCCUUUUAUAAUGCCCUCAAUAUUUGCCCCAUUUGUUAGAUUGCAAAUGAUCGAAUGGUCUCCACUAUCAAAUAUAACUUUUGAUUCAUUAAAAUGGUAUAAUGAUUUAUUCAGUUAUGGUUUAAAUGUAAAUGACGAAGAUAAUAAUUUAAUACCUAAACUUAUCGAAAAGGUUGUUAUACCCAAGGUCGAAAUAUUUAUUACUUUUAUUUGGGAUCCAUUUUCAAAGAAACAGACAGAUAAUUUAAUAAAUUGUAUCGAUGAAUUAUUAUUAUAUAUCGAUAAGAACUGUGAAGAUAUCAAAUUACUUUUUUCUCAAAUUUUCUCAACUUUAAAAUAUACGAUUGAUUCCAUAACUUUGAUUCCAUACUCAAAGCAAGAUUUAACUUUUUCAGCAAACUAUUUCAAAAAAUGUAUAGCUCUACUAAUUAAUAUUUCAAAGUGGUCAAAAUUUUCAUUACAAUUGCCCCAUAUCAAACUCAAUCAAUUAAUCGAAUACAGCGAUGAGGUUAUAAAUAUUUCAAUUUUACCAUUUUUAAAUAAAUUAAUAAAUAAUAAUAACACAAGCAAUAAUAAUAACACAAGCAAUAAUAAUUUAUUUGAUUUAUUUAACCAAUAUUUAACAAAUGUACAGUGGUCAAAUAUAAAACAUAAACAAACUUUAGAUAAUUUUUUAAAUCAGUUAACAAAAAAUUAAAUAAAAAAAUAAUAAAAAAACGAUUAAGAGUUUGAUAUACUCCCAAAUGUUAAAAGCUUUUUUGAUAACUUUAU